AUGUUGCAGUCAGGAAUCCAAGAAUGGACCAAUUUCCUCAAGGAAGUGUUUACAAUGGAAUCCCAAUUCAAAGAACAUCACUUCUGGCAAUUCAUUGGUGAUCUUUUGUCCCAUAUGCCAACUCCAGCAGUUCAGGUCACAUUGGUGCAAAUGGAGACUGAGAAGCGGAAGUUUUACCUUCUUGGAGAUGAAUUGAGGUCAUUUCAACUUCAGAACCUAGAGGAAAUGAUACUGAAAGGCAAAAAUGUGAUGAGAGAGCAUAUUGGACAGCUACAACAGGAUAAGGUGACUGAAAGUGACAGAAUCAUAAACACAUUUACAGACAAUGAACAGGAAAAGCUAGGAAGGUUCAAGAUUAACCUUGCAAAAAAAUGGUCCCCAUUGGAGAGGAUUGAGCUUCGGCAACACUGGGUUUUGCACUUGGGCACAUACUUGGAUGAGAGCAUUCAUGUCAAGGGAAUGCUGGAGACUCAAGUGAUCCUAGAGGGCUUGGUAAAAGCAGAUGCCAGAAAUAUAUUCAAGAUGGCAUCCCAUCAACUGGGUGAUCCUUUUGAAGAUGUAGUGACUAAACAUAUCACAUCACUAAAGGAGAGUUUGAUCAAUGAUAUCAACCGUUCAAACAACCAGGACACCGGAAGCUUUGUGGAAGUUCAAAGCACCUUGCGUAAUGGUCUAAUGAUCACUGAUACUUGGAGAUUCAAUCCAGCUGAGUGUAGAGUAGUUAUGUCAUUUUGGGUACAAUAUAUGAGAUUUUAUUUUGGUAUAAAGCAUUCAAGAAAUCCAGGACUAUAUCACCAUCCCUUAGAAAGGCUCAUAUUAGCAGGCAGCAAACAUAUGGAGAAUAUGAUUCAUCAAUUUAAGAAUGCAUCAACUUUUCAAACUUCCCAGAGGGAUUUAUUGACUGGAUUUUUGGAAUUCUUUCUUGAGAAGACACAAGAAAAUGAUCUCAGACAUAUUGCUAUGCGUGCUUUGGAGCGCAUAAACCUCCUUUUUGGUGAGCAUAUCUCCUGA